AUCAAACAGUAUUUCAUCCACCUAAAAUUAGGAAAUCUUCCGAAUUUAUGGUGAUAUAUCGAACUUCAAUACCAAGGUGUCCCAAGGUCAUGGCCAGCCGGCAAAAAUUAGGAAAGCUAAUUCUUGAAGAAGAUGAGUAUCGUAAUAAAGGAUGGCAAACCAUCUCGCUAUUGGACACCGAUACCAGACUUGGAAAUUUCGUCUGGAAACGACCCCGAAGUUUUAUUAUAAAGGUUCUAUGGGAGAAAUAUAUUUCUGUUAAAACAGACGAAAAUUUAGUUGAAUUUCUUGAAGAAUGCGAAAAUCAAAAUUUCCACUUCCAAACGAAGAGCAGGACUGAGCCAUUAUCACAGACGAUCUGGGAGAAAAUGAUACAUGCCAGUAUUGAUGUUGAUGGUGUAGGGGCCAGCGCCACUGAUACAAUAAAAAGGAGCAAUCCUAUAAGAGAGUUAAGAAUUACAUCGCUAGUAAGGAGUGAGCUGGAAAAACAACUCAGAUCAGUGUAAUGAUAUACAAUUGUAUUUCUGCUGAAACCACAACAUCGUGAUUUUUUUUCUUCAAAUUUUAUUUGCAAGUUGGAGUAUUCUUGUUCCUUGUUCUAGAGUGAGCAGUGAUUGGUCAAUUUAACACUUAACUUGAAAG